CUGUCGCGAAGACGCGCGUGCGCGGACGGAACCGUUAGAAAAAUGGAUGAAUAUCAGAGCGGAGAGGAGACUGCCUUUAUUGUUGAUGAAAUUAGUGGCAUUAUUAAAGAGUCAAUUGAGGCUGCAAUUGGUGGAAAUGCAUAUCAGCCUAGCAGAGUUAAUCAGUGGACGACAAGUUUAGUAGAACUGUGUCUGAGUCAGCUUACGAAGCUGGGGAAACCUUUUAAGUAUAUUGUAACCACUGUGAUAAUGCAGAAGAAUGGAGCUGGUCUGCACACAGCUAGUUCCUGUUUCUGGGACAAUAAUGCUGAUGGAAGCUGCACUGUGAGAUGGGAGAAUAAGACCAUGUUUUGUAUAGUCAGUGUCUUUGGGCUGUGCAUCUGAAGCCUAGACCGCUGCCAGACUUCAUCCUCAAAUAACAUGGUUUUCAAGUAAAAGAUGUACUUGUGCAACACUUGAUUGUUGCCUUAAUGAUUACAUAAUAUCUUUAAACUACAGUCAGCAUAUGUUGUUUUACUAUUUCAACUUUGGUAUUGCAUUUUAGUGCGAAAUUUUAUAGUUUUAACAUAGCAUUGGUUUAAUCUAUGCUGCCAAGAAAAGUAAACAAAUGGAACUUACACUAGUGUUUUCAUGUAAAGUUGCUUCAGUGUUGAGGUUUUUAAAUAAAUGUGAAAUGUUUAAUUCA